AGUGGCUUUUGAUCAGUCAGAUCCCGAGAGCCGAUCGCGUCGCACGUCCCGCCCACGCCGGCGAGCUAUCGGGUGCACGAUUUCAGUUAUGCAGUGUUUAUUACUUGAAAAGUAAAAGUACUAGCGCUCCUUGGUGGCGAGUACAUCUGUUAUUGCAUAAGAAACGACGGCGGCCCAAACAUGCCUCUUCAAAUCCGGCGAAAUGGGUGUCCUGCCUUUGUGCGGGAGAACCUUCUUACACUCAUGACCGUCAUCGGUGUAGUGGCUGGGACGCUGCUGGGCUGGGGUCUGAGGGUCUCCGGUUACGAAUGGUCUCGGCGGGAGGUCAUGUACUUCCAGUACCCCGGGGAGCUUUUCCUGAGGAUGCUUAAGUGCUUAAUAGUGCCGUUGCUAGUCUCAUCGAUUGUGUCGGCGAUUGGAUCAUUAGAUCUUAGUCUUUCUGGCAAGGUUGGUCUUCGUGCCAUCUUGUACUACAUGACGACGACGAUAUGCGCGGUUAUGCUUGGUAUCGCGUUAGUGACAACAAUCAAGCCUGGUAAAGACCCUGAGGCGUUCAAGCAGUCAAACACCACCACCACCAAGAUUGUCACCAAAGACACGCUCACGUCCGACACUUUAUUGGAUCUCAUAAGAAAUGUGUUCCCGGAGAACAUCGUUCAGGCCACGAUCGCAACAUACAGAACUAGGUUGGUGUACGACAGCAAAGACCCCAGAGCGAUUAAAGGUAACUUAGAGACAUACAAGAUCGAGGGUGACUACCAGAGCGGCAGCAACGUGUUGGGGCUGGUGUGCUUCAGCAUAGUGCUGGGUAUCACGCUCGGCAAAAUGGGCGAGCAGAGUCGCCCGCUGCAGAAUUUCUUCCAUUCCCUGUCUGAAGCUAUGAUGAUUAUUACUGGAUGGGUCAUUUGGUUGUCCCCGCUGGGCGUUUUCUUCCUAGUCACAGCGAAGAUCAUGGAGAUUGAGUCGUUCUCGGAGCUGGUUGGACGACUAGGAUUGUACUUCAUGACUGUCCUCCUUGGCUUGUUCCUCCAUGGUUUCGGUACUCUGAGUAUCCUCUUCAUACUAGCUACAAAGAAGCUGCCGUGCCGUUACUUGGCCAAAAUGGGACAAGUGAUGGCUACGGCGUUUGGAACCGCUUCGAGUUCAGCGACUAUGCCAAUAACGAUCGGCUGCUGUGACGACAUGGGCCUGGAUCCGCGCAUCACCCGCUUCGUGAUCCCCAUCGGAGCGACUAUCAACAUGGACGGCACUGCAUUGUAUGAGGCCGUCGCCGCUAUCUUCAUCGCGCAGCUCAGGAAAGUUGAGAUGUCGUUUGGGAAAAUUGUUGCUGUCAGUGUGACAGCGACAGCGGCUAGUAUAGGCGCAGCAGGUAUCCCGCAGGCCGGCUUGGUUACCAUGGUGAUGGUGCUCGAUACCGUCAACUUACCCGCUGAGGAUGUCUCCAUCAUCCUCGCGGUCGACUGGCUACUUGACCGAUUCCGCACAACAAUCAAUGUGGUUUGCGAUGCCUUGGGUGCCAUCAUAGUGACGUCAUUGUCACAAGGUGAUAUUGAGAAAACGCGCGCGCACCAGAACGACCGGGAAGUCGCGUCCGCGCACGAACUCACGGAGCUAGGGAAGGUCGACCAUUAAACGACUGACGAAACGUCCAGCUGAAAAAUAACGGUUAAUAACCGUUUUGUGUUCGAAUAACGUUACCGUUAUUAUAUGUCAGGACAAUAACGUAAUUGAUGUAAUAGCAUAAAUUGAUCUGUUGUGUGACUCUACGAUGUUUGUUAGAUAAAAUGUUUGUGUAAUGUUAUCAGUCUUGGAAAUAAAAAAAAAAUGUGUUUGAUUAUAUUAUUGGCAAAAAGAGUGCGAAUCUCGUGUCAUGUAGUAAAUUGACAAUAAAUAAUGUUUUGUUUAAACUCUUUUUCUAGGUAUAUAAAACGAUAAAUUAUGUCUACAAAAUGGAUAACUUUAUAAUACAUUUGAUGUAUUUAGUUAUAAUUGUUUACAUUACGUAAUUUUUUACGAGAAUAUAAAAUGUUUCAGUGUGUUCUAAAUGUGCCAUUAUAUAUCUAAAUAUUCAUAAAAGUUGAAAUAAUUAUGCUCGCUGGUUUGCCGAGGAAUUAAUUCUACUUAUAAGUACUUAAAAACUUUUUCAUGAUUUCUCAAAAGAAUAUUUGUAAUAUGAUCUUGCGAACAUUUUGAGAUGUCGUGGAAUGGAUUUUGAGAUAAAGAUCAUAUAGGGCAAAAUGUUAUUUCAUUAGCAUUGAAUAAUUCCUUCUACUAAAACAGAUUUAAAAAAAGGAAAUAGCCCCAUGAAAUAUAUUCAAGUUUUAAACAAUAAAUAUUUUUGUAUGGAUGUACAUACAUUUUAGUGCACUAAAACUUUUCUGUUUUAUAAAUGUCUACAGUAAAUGUGCCAUAAAGCAAGUCAAAGACUUUAAAGCUUGUGUUGUUAGAUUUUAUUAAUGGAAAACUAUUUAUAUAUAUAGUAUUUAAUUGACUAUCAAUCACAUUAUUGCAUUCCAUUUAUUAUAUUACCGUAUCACUUUUACAUUUGAGUGUUAAAAGAUUUUUGUUAUUAAUUUCAUUGUUUUAGUAUAGAUUAUAUAAACUAAAAUAAAAUAUAAAACUUAGUUGUGUAAUUUAUAUGUAAAGUAGUACGUGAAACAAAGAAAUCGUUCAUUAGCUUUUAAGUGGUGUGAAGAUAUCUGGCCAAAACUUGUGUGUAAUUAAUGGUAUUAGAAUCACUUACUAGGUAGUAUGGUUAAUACGUGUCAUAUUCCUAGAUCGGAAAUGUUUAUCGUAAACUUAUUUCAGCUAGCUCUAGAGCCUGGUUAUUUUGAUAUAUCAUAUUUCCAACUAUACUAAUUACUUUUUGUAGUUAUGAAUUUAUAGCUAUUAUACCAAAUAUUUUAACACAAAAAUUGACCAAACUGAUGUACAAAUGUUAUAUUGGUAACGACUUCUUUAUUCGUAAUUCGCUGUUAAACUUUGAUAUAUCUCUAUAUGGAAAUAGUUGAUGUGAAAUAUUUUAAUAAACACAUAUUGUGUGAAUAA